UGAGUGAAAAUAUUUUAAACAAAUUGAUCUAAAUCAGCUAUUGUAAUUCAAAGCAACCGAAAAAAACAAGCUUGAUUGUUAUUCAAUACAGCUCAUUCACGCGCGAAAAAAAAACAAAUAACCAACAAAAAACAAUGACUGACACUGGAAACGGAGACAACGCCACUACUCAAAAGUCAAACGAUUACGUCACUUUGAAGGUGUUGAAGGACGGCGCGGGCGAGGUGCACUUCCGGGUGAAAAUGACGACCAAAAUGUCAAAGCUCAAGUCCAACUUCUGUGACCGUCAAGGACUCAACAUGGCAAGUGUGAGAUUUACGUUUGAAGGUCAACGAAUUGAAGAUGACAUGACCCCAGCCGACCUUGACCUCCAAGAUGAUGACUUGAUUGAAGUUUUCAGCGAACAGACGGGAGGCUUCUUCAAAUUGUGAAAAAUGAAACGAUCGAUCUUACCAGCUCUUCACGCAAUACAUGUCAUACCAACUGACUAUUUGACAUAACUUUGGAUAAGCACGUUUUCGCUAUAAUCAUGGAACUGAUGAAUGAUUGGCAUCAAUAAUGUUACAACAGUAGUUAUGCGUAUACGAUGAUUUCUCUCUAGAUUCAUGUUUUGUCCUAAAUUAACAAAAGGAUGCUCUUUUUAAAUUUGUCUAGUCUUAAAGUUAAACGUUAAGUCGAAUUAAAUACCUUCGAAUGUUAGUAAGUUCAUGUUUGGUUAAUCUUGUUUAAUUCGACUAUACCUGCCAUACGAAAAUAGCUAGCUGUUCCGAUUGUGUUUAUGUUAAUUGACCUGACGUCGUCAUUUGUUGCAGUUUACUGUUAAUCUAACUUGAUGGAAUUUUAAGUUUGGUUUUUC